CACACUAGAGCCGCGGUCAUAAUAGAAAGAGCAGCGGGAUAGAGAGGGUAGAUUCGGACGUUUUGAUGCGUUACGACUGCAGCAAACAUUAAAUGGACCUGUUCAGUUGUAUAUAAUAUCGACUGCAAGUCAUGGUUGACUUGUAUUUAAGGAAAAGUCCAGUGUGGCUGCAACAACAACACUGUAGAGCAGUCUGCGGGGGCUACAGUCGCAGAUAAAGCUCUCACUGCAGGAGAGUAAAGUUAACAUUACAGUGCUGGUUGCUGCUUUUUGACUCCACCACGUUGUUGUUCGUGUCGCUGUACCUUUUUUUUUUUGUACUUCUUGCAGUCCGGCAAAUGCAUGAGCUUGCCGCAUCUGGAACUAACCUUAGCAAAGUAACGUUAGCUAAACACGACCGUUGAGAAGGAAACCUCACGAAGUAGUAACGUGGGCAUGUUGAAACUUCAGUCAAGAAACACAAGCAAGAAACGAGGAUGAACAGGAAAAAGGAUAAAGGAUUCGAGAGUCCGCGCCCCUUUAAAUUGACCCACCAGGUGGUGUGCAUCAACAACAUCAACUUCCAGAGGAAGUCAGUCAUUGGCUAUGUUGAACUGACCAUCUUCCCUACAGUGGUCAACCUGAACAGAAUCAAGCUUAACAGUAAACAGUGCCGCAUCUACAGGGUCCGAGUCAAUGAACUCGAAGCCCCGUUCAUUUACAACGACCCCACACUGGAGGUCUGCCAUCAUGAGUCCAAGCAGAGGAACCUCAACUAUUUCUCCAGUGCCUACACAGCAGCAGUGAGUGCUGUGGACCCUGAUGCAGGACAUGGGGAGCUGGUCAUCAAAGUUCCCUCUGAACUCUGGAAACAGGGAGAUGAUUUGAAAGUUUUAAAGGUGUACAUUGAAUUUUCCUUGGACCAGCCAAAAGGAGGUCUCCACUUCGUUGUUCCUGAUGUGGAAGGCAGCAUGGCGGAGAGAGGAGCUCAUGUGUUUUCCUUUGGAUACCAGAACUCCUCCAGAUUCUGGUUCCCCUGUGUAGAUUCCUACUCGGAGCUCUGCACGUGGAAGCUGGAGUUCACCGUGGAUGCUUCCAUGGUGGCGGUGUCCUGUGGCGAUCUGGUGGAGACCAUCUACACCCAUGAUAUGAGGAAGAAGACUUUCCAUUAUAUCCUGCCCAUCCCCACUGCGGCCCCCAACAUCUCCCUGGCUGUGGGGCCCUUUGAAAUCCUCGUAGAUCCCUACAUGCAUGAGGUGACCCAUUUCUGCCUGCCACAGCUGCUGCCACUGCUGAAACACUCCAUGUCUUACCUACAUGAGAUUUUUGAGUUCUAUGAGGAGAUCCUGACAUGCCGCUACCCUUAUGCGUGUUUCAAGACUGUGUUUGUGGACGAGGCCUAUGUAGAAGUGUCCACCUAUGCUUCCAUGAGCAUCUUCAGUACCAACCUGCUGCACAGUGCUAUGAUCAUAGACCAGACCCCGAUGACACGCCGCUGUCUGGCCCAGGCCUUGGCUCAGCAGUUCUUUGGCUGUUUCAUCUCCAGGAUGUCAUGGGCUGAUGAGUGGGUGUUGAAGGGAAUCUCAGGCUACAUCUAUGGCCUCUACUUAAAGAAGACCUUUGGAGUCAAUGAGUACCGGCACUGGAUCAAAGAGGAGUUGGACAAGAUUGUGGAGUAUGAGCUAAAGAUGGGAGGGGUUCUGUUGCACCCUACCUUCAGUGGAGGCAAAGAGAAGGACAAUCCAACACCCCACCUUCACUUCUCCAUCAAGCACCCCCACACUCUGUCCUGGGAGUACUACAAGAUGUUCCAGUGUAAGGCCCACCUGGUGAUGAGGCUGAUAGAAAACAGGAUCAGCAUGGAGUUCAUGCUGCAGGUUUUCAACAAGCUUCUAAGCCUGGCCAGUACAGCCUCAUCCCAGAAGUACCAGAGUCAAAUGUGGAGUCAGAUGCUUCUGUCUACUCACGCCUUCCUCAAAUCCAUCUCCAAUGUCUCUGGCAAAGAUAUAGGCCCCCUCAUCAAACAAUGGGUAGACCAGAGUGCUGUGGUGAAGUUCUUUGGCAGUUUUGCUUUCAACAGGAAGAGGAACGUGCUAGAGCUGGAGAUCCGUCAGGACUACACAUCAUCUGGAACGCAGAAAUAUGUGGGUCCCAUCAAAGUGACAGUGCAGGAGCUGGAUGGAUCCUUCAACCACACGCUGCAGAUAGAGGAGAACAGCCUCAAACAUGACAUCCCCUGUCAUUCCAAGAGCAGACGGAACAAGAAGAAGAAGAUCCCUCUGAUGAAUGGAGAGGAAGUUGACAUGGAUUUAUCAGCCAUGGAUGCUGACUCUCCUCUCCUCUGGAUCCGGAUUGACCCAGACAUGUCCAUUCUGAGGAAGGUGGAGUUUGAGCAGGCUGACUUCAUGUGGCAGUAUCAGCUGCGCUAUGAGAGGGAUGUAGUUGCACAGGAGGAGGCCAUCUCAGCAUUGGAAAAGUUCCCAACUCCUGCCUCAAGACUGGCUCUGACAGACAUCCUAGAGCAGGAACAGUGUUUCUACAAAGUCCGCAUGCAGGCCUGCUUCUGCUUGGCCAAGAUAGCCAAUGCUAUGGUGAGCACGUGGCAGGGCCCGCCAGCCAUGAAGUCCCUGUUUACCCGAAUGUUCUGCUGCAAGAGCUGCCCCAACAUUGUGAAAACCAAUAACUUCAUCAACUUCCAGAGUUACUUUCUACAGAAGACGAUGCCUGUUUCCAUGGCGUUACUCAGAGAUGUCCAGAACCUCUGUCCCAAAGAUGUCCUCAACUUCAUCCUUGACCUCAUCAAGUAUAAUGACAACAGGAAAAACAAAUUUUCAGAUAACUACUACCGCGCAGAUCUGAUCGAGGCACUGACCAACUCCCUGACCCCGGCCAUCAGCAUCAACAACGAGGUGCGGACUGUAGACAAUUUAAAUGCAGACGUCCGUCUCAUCUUGGAGGAGAUCACACGUUUCCUCAACAUGGAGAAACUGCUGCCGAGCUUCAGAAACACCAUCACUGUCAGUUGUCUAAAAGCAAUCCGUCAGCUUCAGAAGAACGGUCAUAUUCCCAGUGAUGCAUCACUCUUCAAGUCCUACGCUGAGUAUGGACACUUCGUUGACGUCCGCAUCGCUGCGCUGGAGGCUCUGGUGGACUAUACUAGAGUUGAAAGAUGUUCUGCAGAGCUACAGUGGCUGCUCAACAUGGUCCAGAAUGACCCGGCUCACUAUGUCAGACAUAAGAUCCUGGGUUUGCUCUGUAAGAAUCCACCUUUCACCAAGACGACAGACUCAGCUCUGUGUAAUGAAGCUCUGGUCGACCAGCUCUGGAAGCUUAUGAACUCAGCCCUCAAAGGGUCGACCUCAUCAACAACACUGAUGAGGGCGGUGGGAAUUCCCCUGAGGACAAGCGGCGAGAGGAAGUCAUCAGGCAUUUAGAGCGACUAAUGAAACGCAAGCAUGGAGCAGGAGAAGGACAUUACAGAGCAAGGGGAGUUUAAAAUGUAUGGAAGUUAGGGUUGGGCCGAUAGACAGUGUUGAGCCGGCAUCGUGAUUUGGUUUCAUCUGGCACAAAGGUCACGUAAAUCCCUUUUGAGCUAGAAAUGACACUGCAGUGACCUGAAUGUGUUUGUAGAAACAAUUUCAACUUGUUAAACAUUUUUACAGUUUUCAGGGACCUCAAUUUUUUACAUCCCCCUUCAGUUUGAAUGGUUGCCGUUCCCAGUGUCUGUGAAGAUUAGGUCAAAAUCAAGGGAAACUUCAAAUAUCUUCAACCAAGUGCAGUUGCCCUUGAUUUUAACCUUCCUUGGAUAACUGUAAGAAGGAGCGCAUCUUACACUAAGGAUAUGUUCAGGCACGGUGCCCUGUCCCUUAAAUCCAUCAAUUGAAAUAUUUUUCCAUCUGACAUGAGUUUUCAUCUCGUUGAUGAAAUGAAAUGAUAACAGACUGCGUUCUUACUUUCAGAUGGACAAUGGUGGAGAUAGAUUAGCUCCCCUUUCCGCAUAUGUUUGACUGGACACACUUCUGUCAGCUUUUGCACAAUUCUCUGACGCAGUUUGAAUGUUCUCUGCAAUCCUCUACAAUCAAUACCAAGGGGUUUAGAUUUAACUUUAAAGGACUCACAGUGAAAGGGUGAUGGCUGAUGUAACACGUGUGUGUCUCAAUCAGCUGGUUUCCAGACCUUGGCUUUUCUCUGUUCUAAUCGAAGGAUAACAACAAGCAGUUCAUCGUGUAGUGACGUAUAAUUUAUCUGCACAUUUCACUGCGUCUCUGCCCUUUUUCUUGUUACUUGUGUAACUUGUGUUACUUAAUUUCUUAGUGAAAUUGUUGAGCGGUCUUGUCUUACCUCCAGUUCCAUUUGCUUACUUCCAUAUACAUGGCUGCACAUUUAUUUCCAUUGAAUGUUCUGCAACAUGUGUUGUCCAUGUGGAUGUGUGGUUUAUUUCUUCAGAAAAUACUGAAAGAUGCCCAUCAUAUGUUUCUAAACCCAAGGUGACCUCUGUAAAUAGCUUGUUUUGUGCAACAGAUGGUCCAAAACACAAAGAUAUUACAUUUACAAUGAGAUCAAACCGAAAGAAGCAGAAAGUCAGCACAUUUGAGGGGCUAGAACCAGAGCAUUUGUCUUUGAUAAAUGACUAUGAUUAAUUGAUUUUCUUAUGGACAACGGAUGUCUGUCGAUAGAUGAAUUGUUUAAUCAAAUGAAUGUUUCAGGGCAUAUUUUUAGCGCUACAGUUAAAGGUAAUCUUACAUCAUUUUGCUUGUGAAUGUAAAUUUACGUUGUAUAACUGAAGAUAGCCGAAGAUCGGCGGUUUGAUCACCGGUUCCUCAGUCUGUCGUAGAGUCCUUGUGCAAGAUACUGAACCCCAAAUUGCUGUGUGUGUGUGUGUGUGUGUGUGUGUGUAUAAGUUUCUGUCUCACGCAUGGCAGCUUCUGCCAUCGGUGUGUAAAGUGGAGUGAAUGCGAUGUUGUUAUUUGAGUGGUUGGAAGAAUAUAAAGUACAGUCCAUUUACCAUAAUAUCUUAGCUUGGUCAUAAAACAGUAGUUCUCUCAGACACGUGGCUCCCUGGAAAAAUGUACUUACUGCAGCAUUUCAGCAGCUUGCAGGGUGUUUUUUUUAGUGUGUUUGAGAGAUGCUAUGUUGGAGCCAUUUGUGGGGGCUUGCUGUUGGCUCUACUGUCCUUCUUGUUCAUUGUCAUUGGUGUGAUCUCUAACAACACGCACAAUAAGAACUAGCCACCAUCUGUAUGAGAGACAGUUCCACAUGACUGCUGUACGGUCACUGGGUGAUGGUGGGUUUCACAUGAAAUAUUUUGCUUGCUUUAUUAUUUUUUUCUUCAUUAUUAUCUGCUCGUUUCGUGCAGUCAUGAACUGAAAAGUGUUCAGGUCUACUUCUUGGUGCCGUGCCUCCACCAUAUACGCACAUGCUUCUGCCUUCUAUUGUGUCCUCAGGUUUCAUUAUUUCUCUCUUCCAGGGGGUCCUAUGUGUCUUUCAGCUGGCUAGCCAGGCCAUAACGGUUCAGCCUGCCAAUCCAAAUACACACUAACUCAAAACCCAAAUCCAAGUAUAUGUUCACAGUCCCAUAUUCCUUAAGACCAUUGGGCUCUCGUUGCAACGUGUUAUUUAAUUUAUUGACUUACAAGCAAUGAACAAAAAUAUUGAUGAUCAUUAUUUCCAGUGAACUUUUGUUUGUCGGUCAGUCGAUGUGGGUGGCUGCUGGACAGCCUGACUGUGCUGCCAGUUUAAAUACAUAGUGUGGUAAUCUUAAAUACUAUGUUAUGAAAAUGUGUUGGUUGUUUUAUUCCUCUCCCCCGAUAACCCACAGCCGCCCAAGUGUUAAACACACACACUCGCGCAGGAUGAUGUUUCACUGGAAUGAAGGUCAGCGCUGUAAGAACACAAACGCAGUGUACGUUCUGCUGCUGUUAGAGUCAUUUAUUUCAACCUUCUUCUAAAGCCACAGUCCACCCUCCAUGUCAGGCGCCUGGCCUUUGGAUUGUCAGCUUCAGCAAUAUUUGGUGUUGAAUUCAUUCCAGCUUUCAACACACUGCUACUCGAAUGACUCAUAUAUUGAUGCAUUAGGCUCUCGUGUCAUUAGAGCUGAUUAUCUUGUAUUUAGUUGCGCUCACGUUGUCUCUGAGUGAAUGUCAAAUAAAAUGUGCGGUUGAAGAACA